AGGAUGGCGUCCAAUCGGAUCUCAGGGGGCGGAGCAAGCUGAACAUCGAAACCAAUGAGAAGAGCCUCUUGCUACCAUGGCGGAGACGGUGGAUUCCUGCCCCAGCAGCGACUCGGAGCCGGAGGGGACCUCCAAGAAGCCCCUCCGGAAGCGGCGCCGCCUCUUCACGGACACCGCCGUCCCCGCCGUCCCGGUGUACUCGGCGAAGGUUCAGAAUAGUCUCCAGCUUUUCCCUGACUCUCUGAAACUGCCGGUACAAAUCCCUGAGCUGUCCCCCAAAUCCCAGGAUCUUGGUGCAUCAGAUGAGGAGGAAGAGGCUCCUUCAAAACACGUGGAGCAAGAAAUAAGUAGAUGUCAAGAUCUCUCACCUUCGCCUCCGCCUCCACCACGGCCAAGGAAACGGCGCCGUGCAGCCCACAUCUUUGACCAGCAGCUCAGGAACCUGACCUCCACGCUCUCUGCUGCCAAGAAGAGCUUGCAGGAUGAGGGGUCAGGAGAUGACGUGAUUGUGAUCGAUGCACCGGAGCCCUCCGAGUCACCGGAGUUGGUGCUGAAGAUCCGAUGUCGGGCUGACCUCUACCGAGUCUCAAUUCGGAUGACUGACCCCCUUCAGCGAGUGGCCGAACACAUGGGCCAAACCCUGAAGGUUCACCCCAACCGAAUACUUCUCCUGCUCCGGGAUCGAGAACUCGCAGCCGACGCCACUCCUGCUGGGCUGGGCUUGGGUGUGGCUGAUAUCAUUGAUUGUAUUGUGGAGGCAACUAGCAGAGAGAGCGCUGAUGUGGGAAACCUGCGGCUUCGAGUACAAGGGAAGGACAAAAGCUCUGAGAUGGAGAUCAUGGUUCAGAAGGGGGAGCCAUUGCAAGCACUUAUGAACCGCUACCGCCAAGCCCAGGGGCUUGGCAGACGCAAACUUGUCUUCCAUUUUGACGGACAGCGUUUGAUGGAAACCUGGACCCCUGAGGCAUUAGGGAUGGAGUCCGGUGACGUCAUCGAAGUGUGGAGUUAGAAGCCCUUCCACCUCUUCAAGGAGGCCAUGUUGCUAUGGGGUUUCCUCUGCGGCCCCAGCUCUGAGAGACUUAACCCUGCCCUACAUUUAACCUUCACGGUGCUGAAUGGGGCGAAGGCCAGCAGCCUAACUUCUCUUAAAACAAGCCUAGGAUGUUCUCAGCACUUUUCCUACCUCCUUCUCUAUCUCUUCCAGGACAAAGAGGAGAAAUUAUAGUCCUUUUUCACAUCCCCACUUCAUUUUUCCUCUCCACCCUUGAUGUUUGGACUUACUUAAUAAAGUUUAACUUUA